CCGUCUUCGCGAACGCUUCAUCAUAUUACCAAAUCAUAGUCGAUUCUCAAAUUAGGGCUCUCUCUCUCUCCCGCCGAUUUCUGACGUUUCGAUUCCAGUGUUGCGGUUCUCUGGGUCCAGGUUUCGUUUUGUGAUUUGGAGAUCAGGGGUUCCUGGUAGAAGAUAUUGUUAACUCCGGGUCAAAUUUCAUCCAUAUAUCCAUUUUGCAGAAGAGCGUGAAUGAGAAUAUGAUGGAAUCAAAAGGUGGCAAAAAGAAGUCUAGUAGUAGUAAAACCUUAUUCUACGAAGCUCCCCUCGGUUACAGCAUUGAAGACGUUCGCCCGCACGGAGGGAUCAAGAAAUUCAGAUCUGCUGCUUACUCAAACUGUGCGAAGAGACCAUCCUGAGACGUCUUGACCUCUCCAACAUAGUCUUCGAAUAGCGAUCUUUUUAAGUUAUAGGUUCCGUUUGCCAAACUCUGUGUCUGCUGAUUCCCCCAAUCCCAUCGUUCUCUCCUCCAAGAAGUCUCUUCCUUUACAAAAAGGCGAGAUGGCCUUGCCCGUUUCUGCGAUCGGAUUUGAAGGCUACGAGAAGCGGCUCGAGAUAUCCUUCUUCGAGCCCAGCUUGUUCCUAGAUCCCAAAGGAAUGGGAUUUCGCGCUCUGGCCAAGUCCCAGUUGGAUGAGAUACUCCAACCUGCUGAAUGCACGAUCGUUUCGUCUCUUUCGAACGAUCAAGUUGACUCGUACGUCCUCUCAGAGUCCAGCCUCUUUGUCUACCCUUACAAAGUUAUCAUCAAGACGUGCGGAACCACAAAGCUGCUCUUUUCCAUCCCGCCCCUCCUCGAGCUGGCCGGUGAGCUCUCUCUAGUGGUAAAGUCUGUGAGGUACACACGUGGCAGCUUCAUAUGUCCAGGCGCUCAGCCCUUCCCUCACCGCAGCUUCUCUGAAGAAGUUGCAGUUCUUGAUGCACAUUUUGCCAAGCUCGGAUUGAGCAGCUCAGCCUACGUGAUGGGUAAUGAUGGUGCUGAUGAAACAAGGAAAUGGCAUGUCUACGCUGCUUCUGCAAAGGGCACGAGCCGAUCUGAUUACAACAACGUGUAUACACUGGAGAUGUGCAUGACCGGUCUGGACAGAAAGAAGGCGGCCGUGUUCUACAAGACCGAGUCGAGCUCGGCGCUGUCAAUGACCGAAGAAUCCGGAAUCAGAAAGAUCCUACCGAACUCUGCUAUAUGCGAUUUUGAGUUCGAGCCCUGCGGAUAUUCGAUGAACAGUAUCGAGGGGGAAGCGAUCUCAACGAUCCAUGUGACCCCGGAAGAUGGAUUCAGCUACGCAAGCUUCGAGGCAGUGGGGUACGAUUUCAAGGCGAUGGAUGUGAGUGGAAUGGUGAGAAGGGUUAUUGAUUGCUUCGAGCCCAAGCAAUUCUCGGUGGCAAUACACGCAGACACAGUGGAAGAAGAGGACAUGAUGAUGAUGAUGAUAACAGGUAUAGAGGAGGAUGGGGACUAUGGUUGCAGGGAGAGGACGGUGCAGAAGCUAGGGGAAGAAGAAAGAGGAGCAGUGUUGUAUUAUGGGUUCGAUAGGACGAAUGGGUCUCCCAGAUCCAUCCUCAAGUGCGGCUGGAGCAGCGAGGACGAGAAGGACAUGUGAGUGAAAGAGAGAGACUAUAUAUAUAAUUAUUAUAUUAUUGUCUGAAUAAGUCUGCUAUGUAUUUGCGGACGUAAGAGUUUGAGUUGCAUGCAUCAUGGUGAUGGGUGGGUUCAUGCCCCCCUUUGCCUGUUUCUGAUUAUGUUCUCAUCUACUUUGGCUAUCUGCACUUUGAUUAAUCACAUUAUUGUUAUUAUUAUUGA